GGGUGUAAUGAAGCAAACCAGCCUAUUGUCCAGAGGGUGACCCCUCCCCCCUGGAAAAUCUUAGUGGUGCUCCUCAUCACCCACGAAUUGUCACUAACAAUCCUUGCUCUUCCUAUUUGUUUUCCAAUGUGUUAGUGUAUCUGUCUUGUAACUUUUACCCCCAUUUUAUUGUUCUUUGUUCAAUAGAGUGAUGCAAAACAGCAUUAGGGGUUUUCCCUUUUCGAUUACACAAGUGAAAAGAAUACUUCAUGGUAUUUGCAGCAUGUAUGGAUUUUUUCAAACAAAAAGUCUGGGGUAAGCGAGGAUUCUCUGCCAAACAAAGCUUUGUCGAAUGUUCACCCAUUUGUAGCGUCUCCGUCUCUUUUUUUUUAACAAUAACUGAUUUGGGAGCAUUUUCUAAGUGAUGAAAUUUAAUCAUUAAGGGAUUAUAGACAUUUAUGUAAUUUAUUCCAUGUUAAGAAUAUAAUGGCAUUUUUCCCUUUCAUUAUUCUCUUUUCAGCAUGCUACGGAUGGAGAAACAGUACCCCUUGCUCCAGAGAACGUCAGAAUUCUGGAUGAAUACACCACAUUGUCCUCACUACGGGUUGCCUGGGAUCACCCGACACCUUCACCUUCCGUGGAGCACUUCUAUCAAAUCCGAUACCGCACGGUGCUCUCAGCAAGCGCGUCAAUGGAUGUCGGAAGUGAUGCAACCACCUCGACGAUUUCAGGACUCGAAACGAAUACUCUGUACGUGAUUAAUGUUUUAUCAGCAGUUGAUGACGAGGAUGGUUACAUACAAUUUAGUACAAUUCUGGCUGAGAGCACUCUGUAUGGCAGAACUGGUGGUGCGCAGCCUGGGGACAUCUUCUUGCGGAAACUGACCAGUGACUCUUUGGAGUGUGAAUUCGAGCCUCUGCAAAGCAACGUUAUCCAUUACCUGAACUUUACAGUCGGUGACAGAUCAAAUCCUAGCGUCCGCUCCGUUAAUGAUCCUCAUUCGACUUGGGCCAUUUAUGGUCUCACACCUGGUGAAACUUACAGAAUGGUGCUCGGAGUAGAUGGAAUGACCGGACAAGAAAAAUGGGUCACCACAAUUCCCCUUCCUCCAGAAAAUGUUAGGGUAGUGAGCUACACACCAACCACGCUGACCAUAGCAUGGGAUCCACCUGCACAAGGGACUGGCGAUUCCCCACCAAUUGUCCACUCGUAUCAGGUUGAAGUCUUCCCAACCGAUAUCAUAGUAAAAGUCAACAGUACCGUUACCGAGGUCACAAUCGCAGAUCUGCAUUCAGGCUCUUCGUAUGGAAUAAGUGUAAAGUCACUCGCUGGUGUCAACGAAGUUAAAAGCAUCGGAUCUGUCAUCUUGGGGGAAACUGAUACUGACGAAUGUAUUUCAAACCCUUGCGGGGAAAAUGGCAAGUGCUUCAAUGUGCCAGGUCUCUACUUCUGUAUGUGUUAUGAAGGAUGGACAGGCUUUAAUUGUACUAUAGAUAUUAACGAUUGCGUUCCGAAUCCUUGCGCUAAUGGAGGGACAUGUAUGGAUGGAGUAAAUACUUUCUUCUGCGAGUGUGAUGCUGGAUAUACAGGGGAUCUCUGUGAUGGCGACGUAGAUGAAUGCCACUCGGAUCCAUGUGCUGGCAAUAGCGAAUGUCAUCAUGGGAUAGAUUUCUACUUUUGUAUCUGUUUAGAUGGAUGGACCGGCGACGACUGUGAUGAAAAUAUCGAUGAUUGUUUACCAGAUUCUUGUGAUAACGGGGGCACGUGUAAAGAUGGGGUAAAUACGGUUAUAUGCCUCUGUCCUAGAGGUUAUACGGGUCAGCGCUGCCAAACAGACAUUAAUGACUGUUUACCCGAUCCUUGUCUGAAUGGUGGUUCUUGUGAUGAUGGGCUAGACUCGUUUACUUGCAACUGCCCAGAAGGCAUUACAGGUUUCAUCUGCGAGACAAAUAUCAACGAUUGUAUACCAGAUCCUUGCAUGAAUGGAGGGACGUGUAAGGAUGAAAUAAAUGCAUAUACCUGCGAAUGUCCUCCUGGAAUUAUUGGUCUACGCUGUGAGGAAGAGAUCAAUGAAUGUGAAUCUUAUCCUUGCUUAAAUGAAGCCUCCUGCACGGAUGGAAACAACGCUUUCUCGUGUACUUGUUUGGUGGGGUUUACUGGCCAACGGUGUCAAACAGAUAUCAAUGAGUGUGCGUCUGAUCCUUGUCUUAACGGAGGUACUUGUAACGAUGGGAUAGAUGCAUUCACCUGUAACUGCUCAGCCGGUUUCCUAGGUCAGCGUUGUGCAGAAGAUUUUGAUGAGUGUUCUUCACAUCCAUGUCUGAACGAAGCUUCGUGUAUCGAUAAAAUAAACGGAUUUACUUGCAUAUGCGCAUAUGGCUUCACAGGGGAUCGCUGUCAGGAAGAUAUCGACGAGUGCAUAUCGGACCCAUGUAUCAAUGGACAAUGUUUCGAUGAAAGAAAUCUUUUUUAUUGCAUCUGCAUUCCUGGCUGGACAGGUGUCAAUUGUGAAAUCGAUAUUAACGAGUGCUAUUCAAAUCCUUGUGACAAUGGAGCUACUUGCAUGGAUGAAAUCGGUAGGUUUACCUGUUACUGCCCUGACGGUGUCAUAGGACAACUCUGUGAAAACGAGGACCCUUGCAAUCCGAGUCCCUGCAUGAAUAACUGCUCGUGCAGCGUGGCAGAUGACAACAUGAUGGCAGUAUGUACGACCGACUCGCAGUAUAUCGCUGGGGAGUUUUGUGAAAUAGUUCACGAAUGUAUUCUGAACGACAUUUGUGAGAAUGGUGGUACAUGUGUUCCUUUGAAUGAUUCGAGCAAGUGCAUCUGUCCAAUAUAUUUUACCGGAGAUCGCUGUGAAAUUCCGUGGUGCUCCGCCGAGGUCGUGUGUCACGGAAAUGGCAAUUGUGCCGUGGUUGAUGGUGAACCAACAUGCUUCUGCUUUUCAAGCUGGGUUGGAUCAUUUUGUGAUAUUGAUAACCCAUGUUUGCCUGUAAACCCUUGUCAUAAUUCUGGAGUGUGCACAUACGAUGUUAAUGAAUCCCUUUCUAGUGCAUCCACAUCUUGCAUAUGUGACCAGUCUUGGAUAGGCGACCGUUGUGAAAUUGCCGUGAAGUUUUGCUUGACCGGUUCUUGUAAUGGGAGAGGGGACUGUAGCGUGGUCAGCAAUGAAAUCGUAUGCGACUGUGAUCCCGGUAGUGUUGGACAGUUUUGCGGUAUCGAUGAUCCGUGUAUACCGAAUCCAUGCGAGAAUGACUGCCUCUGUAAUGUCAGUGACUCCUUUGAAGCCGAAUGUAUCAGCAGUUCACCCCUCAUCACUGGUCCUUUAUGUGAAAAUGUUCAUCCAUGCUGGAGCUCUAGUCCUUGUGAUAACGGAGGAACUUGCGACGCUGUCUCUGAGUUCUACACCUGUUUGUGCCUUGAGGGGUUCACAGGAGAUGAAUGCCAAACGGCACUUGGUUGUUUUGGUCCCGUGUGUUCCAACGGAGGAACGUGCCAGGGUGACCCAGAAACCGGGGACUUCAUCUCCUGCCAAUGUACGUCAGAAUACUAUGGAUCUCAGUGUGAAAAUGCGUAUCCUUGCACACUGGAACAGUGCUCCGGAAGAGGAAGUUGUACCAAUAUUCUGGAUACUACCCCUUACGACUACUCCUGCUAUUGUUCCACUUCUUUUAUUGGUCGUUCAUGCCAAUUCGCUGAUCCUUGUAUUCUAGACCAGAGCCCCUGUCAAAAUGGAGCUACUUGCUCCUACACCAACGGUUGGGACAUUGCUCCGGUAGUCUACUGCUCAUGUUUACCGGACUACACCGGGGAAAACUGCGAAAGCUUAAUUCAUCCCUGCAAUAGAUCUACCAAUCCUUGUUCGAAUGGAGGCUCAUGUGACCCUUUGCCAGAGCAUCAGUACACAUGCAUUUGCCAAACAGGCUUCAUUGGCAAAAACUGUACAUUGGGUGAUCCUUGCGUUAACAUUGGGAACCUGUGCUACAACGGAGCAACAUGCGUUUCCGCUGUUACCGGCUAUUCCGCUACCUUCUCUUGUAACUGUGCAGCCGACUGGACUGGUCCACGCUGUAAUGAAGAUAAAUGUACUAAUACAACUUGCUCAAAUGGAGGUACAUGUGAGAGUGACGAAUCUACUGGAGUUUUCAAGCAAUGUCUUUGCCCUCCCUUAUACGAUGGAGUUUACUGUCAGUAUGCCUAUCCAUGCGCAUCGAACCCAUGCCAAGGGAAUGGAACAUGUACAGAUCAUCUACGCAUCACCCCAUACAAUUUUUCGUGUAUCUGUCAGUCUCCGUUCAUCGGGCAAACAUGUCAAUAUGAGGACCCGUGUUACACGAACCCUUGUCUAAAUGGAGGCACUUGUUCAUAUACAGGCGGAGUGUCAUUCCAACCUGUACAAGAGUGUGUGUGUUCCUCUGGAUUCUAUGGCGAAUUGUGUGAGAAUGCUUACCCAUGUACGUCGAACCCUUGUCGUGAGAAUGGUAUUUGUACAAACAAGAUUCAAAUACUCCCCUAUGAUUAUGAGUGUAACUGUACGCAUCCAUACAUCGGCCGAUCUUGUCAGUAUGAGAAUCCAUGUUAUGAGAAUCCCUGCCAAAACGGAGCAACUUGCACAUACUCCACUGAUGGCGUGACAUCUCCCCCUUUGCCAGAGUGUUUAUGUCCUCCAACACAUUACGGAGAAUUGUGUGAGAAAGCCUAUCCAUGCACGUCGAACCCGUGUCAAGGAAGGGGUUCCUGCUCAAACAACCAAGGGGAAGCCUCCGCAAAUAACUUCACAUGUGAUUGUUCCUCUCCUUACAUCGGGCUGACAUGUCAGUAUGUUAACCCUUGUUCAACAAACCCAUGUGAGAACAACGGAUCGUGCUCGUACGUAGAGGGCAUAUCAACUUCUCCUGUACGAACUUGUACCUGUUUAUCGGUAUACUACGGAAACCUUUGUGAAAAUGCAUACCCAUGUGCGUCGAACCCAUGUCAUGGGAAAGGCAAUUGUACCAACAAUCUUCAGAGUACUCCAUACAACUUUAUUUGCAAUUGUAAUUCUCCCCACAUCGGGCUGACUUGUCAGUAUGAUGACCCUUGUCAUAAUGCGACCUGUCUGAACGGGGGUACUUGUGAAUAUACAGGCGGCUCAACAAUUCCACCAGUCAAGUCUUGCUUGUGUCAAGAUGGAUUUAUUGGAGAUGUCUGUGAAAAUGCACCUUCUACCAUGACGUCACCGGAUCAAAAUACAAUCCAAAGUGGAGGCACCACAACAACGUCGCCAGUCUUGACAAAAGAAGCUCCAGCAACUCCAACAGACUCACAUCCUACGACUCAAAACACCGGAAACACAGCCACACUGGAAAGGACAGAAGUCACAGGGUUGGAGACACUAGAACCUUCACUCUCUUACUCUCCGUCUUCUGCAGAACCCACCGACCAUCCAAGAGGUACUACAAUAGACCGGGCAACGCUGACUCCUACGGGAUCUUUUGAUUUAUUGACAACCGUCAUCAUCAUCAAUGCCAUAUUGGUCGUUAUCAUCAUCAUCGGAACGUCAGUAGCAAUAGGACGUUACUGCUUGAAGAAACGGCAUAAACGUGAUAAUCAAGGAAAAGAUGAACCUUUGUCCGGUCCUGAAGCUGAAGCUGCAGAGCUAUUCGCUACUCAGAGGAAGCACGGACAACUGAUGUUCCAACGGGUCGACUCUGGAUAA